GUGUCAUUAGGUUUUUCAUUUCUCCAUCCUUCCUUCCAUUUUUGCUGCUGCUCUGAAAUGUAAGCCCUCUUCAAACUCCUCUUACACAAAUUUUAUCUCGAAACCUCAUAUCUCCCCCUCCCUUCCUCUCAAUAUAAAAUCUCAUUUAUCACAUAUUUUCAUAAGUUAGGGUUCCAAUUUUCAUAAGUUGGGGUUCCAAUUCGAAAAACUAUGACCCAACCAAACAGUGAAUCAACACAUCACGAACCAAUAAUCCCAGGAUUACCAGAUGACUUAGCUUUCAGAUGUUUAGCAAAGUUAUCUCACGGAUAUCACGGUCUGCUUGAAUCUGUUUGUAAAACAUGGAGGAACACAAUCCGGAAUCCAGAUUACUUUAGUUUGAAAUCUAGAGAAAAUUGGUCCGGGAAGUGGUUAUUUGUUCAAACUGAAGGGACUCAUAAUCACUGGAUUGCUUAUGAUCCUGAUGCUGAUAGAUGGCAUCCGUUGCCUGAGAUACCAUAUCAGAAUCCGGGAUUGCAUCAUUAUGGGUUUUCGUGUGUAACUGUGGGUAGUAGGUUUUUGGUUAUUGGGGGUUUUUAUGCCCCAAGGGAUGUGGAGAUUGUGCAUCAGAGGCAUUUGGCUACUAAUGAUGUUGUGAUGUUUGAUGUGUUUAAGAAAGAGUGGUCUAGAGUAAGUGGGAUGAGGACGGCAAGGGGAAACUUUGCUUGUAGUGUUGUUUGUGGUAAGGUUUAUGUUGCUGGGGGACGGGAAGUGCAUGGAACUAUGGGAAUUGAUCUUGCUGAAGUCUAUGAUCCAUCGGAGGAUAGAUGGGAGGAACUGCCGCCUAUGCCUGUCCCGCAGAUGGAUUGUAUUGGAAUGUCUUAUAAAGGUUGUUUUCAUGUUUUAAGUGACCAUGUAGGCCUGCCUGACCAGAAUCCCACUGUGAUUUUUAGCCCAUCAGAUAAAACAUGGCAUACGGUCGAAGAUAUCUGGCCUUUCUCUAGGGCUAUGCAAUUUGCAGUCACAGUUGUUGGGGAUGACAGGGUAUACACUGUAGUUGAUUGGGGUGAGAGCUCCAUCAGAACCAGGGACAGGGAUCAAGGGGAGUGGUACAAUGUAGGUCCUGUUCCUCCUGUGCUUCUCCCAGGUCACAGCAGGCCGCUAGAGGCAUUCGCUUAUGGUUUUGCUGCACACAGGCAGAACUUGUAUGUUGUUGGAGGGAAGGUUCUUAAGUGGGAGGAAUUGGGUGCUGGGAGGUUUGACAUUGUGAAGCUGGAUGUAGUAAGAGUUUGUGAUCCUACAGUUGUUCCGUUGAAGUGGAGGGAGACUAGACCAAUGCGCGGGGCUUGCGGAGCUGUCACCGGAUGUGCUUUCCUGGAAGAGUGACUAAUAACUUUCUUCUUCUUCUUGGAUGCUUAUUAAGAUCUCUGUUCAAACUAUUUACCUGAACUGAAUACACUUGGAGUUAGUGGCACAAAUGCAUGAGCUUCGGAUUCCUUUCCAUUGAUCUGCAAACUCGGGGCACAAACAUGUAUGAUGUUUUGCGGUGAUAUCUGACCAAGAAUAACUGUUUGUCUCAGUGUAAGUUAUCUGUAGGUGUUGGAAAAAGCAAAGCCUGGAAAUUGCCAAUCAAGGAUUUUAACUUCUUGUUGAACUGGGAGCGCGACCGUGUUGUCAGAAUAAAGAUCUGUGAGGAGUCCGAGAGGAAGAGAAUGCUGGUUGAGGUUGAGGAGGGAGAGAUUUGCUAUCCGAUGUAAAAUGCAGGCAAACCACUCUUAGUUCUUACUCGGCCAUAUUUAACUUUCUUUUUUUGUCAUUUCUUUUUGCAUCUGUCCUGAAAUCGAACUGGAAGUGAUGAUCCAAUAAUGUGCAUACACUAAUUUUACAAAGAAAUCAUAUGUUGGUUUCACCAA